AUGUCAGCCCAAGAAUACUACCAGCAAGGCCCGCCCCACGGCUACGGCGGCGGCCCGGGACCCCACCAUCAGCAGUAUCCCCAGUACCCUCAGCCUGCAUAUGGCGGUCCACCGCCCCCACAGCAGGGCUAUUAUCCGCCGCAAAACCAGAUGCAAUACCAAGAGCAGACGCGUCACAAAAGUAGCGGUGGUGGGGGUUGCCUUAAGGGCUGUUUGGCCGCGCUCUGCUGCUGCUUCGUCUGCGAGGAGGGCUGUGAAUGCUGUGCGGAUUGCUGCGAAUGCUGUAUGGACUGCUGCUAA